UUUUCAAGAACAACAAAUUUCGGACAAAUGGCAUCUGUAAAUUUUGCAGGAUUAAUACGGUGUUUUAUCUUCAUUUUGCUUGCCCUGCAUAGCCCUGCUGCAAAUGGAAAUGAAGGAACAGGAGAAUAUGUGUCUCUUCACCAUGAUGUUCAUGAGGAUACUUUUACUGCUCCUUUAGAAGUUACUGGAAGAAAAAAUAUAGGAGGAAGAAAAUUUCUGUUAAAAGAAUCGCCCAUGCGCGAGGUCGAGAAAGAGCAAGGACACGAAAAACCAUUAAGCGUUUCAGGGAAAAAUAGACCUACUUACCAGAAGAACACUGAUGAAAUAUUCAAGCAAAAGAGACAGAAAUCUGAAGGCAUAGGGGCUCCAAGUGAUCCCAACACUGGAAAUGAAAACGUGUUUCACAAAAAUAAUCACAAGACUCGCGAAAAAGAUGAUUCACGUGCAUUUCUUGAUGCAGCAGACGAGGUUGUAAACCUGAUGCGCAAGGACUAUAAGGGUGCAGAUAGGCCUAGCCGGAAGCCACCAAUUCAUAAUCACGAGCCGACAGAUUAAGAACGGAUUACGAAUAACGUACUUGUAUAGGUUUAGACUUUACAAUUUUGCCCCACAAGUGAAGUCACCUGACAGUAACAACUGUAUUUUGUUAUAUGAUUGUGUUUGUGUACUCUUUACUUAAAACUCAUCGACUAGAAACUCGUUAACUUUGUACAAUGUACACUAUACAACUCUUUAAGCCUUUU